AUGUGGAGUGCUUCUAAUUACUAUGGUCUUACACCCGAUGAAGUACAACAAAUAAAUGAUGGUUUUUAUGAAUUUGAUUUGAAUAAAAAUGGUUAUAUAACUGUAAAUGAAAUGCGUCAAUGUCUUAGUCGUAAUGGUGUACAAUUUAGUGAUGAAGAAGUUGAUCGAGUUAUGGCUAAAAUGGAUCUUAAUCGUGAUGGACAAGUGAGCUAUAAUGAAUAUAUGCUAUAUAUGAGUACUAUUUAUCGAAAUAGGCGUUUAUAA